GUCGUCGACUUAAAAAUGCAUUAGUAAGUUUUUGGUUUAAAAGCGAGCAUACGUAGAUGUAGAGUAGCUGCCCAAAGGUUUUGUGCGUUAUGGUUACUUCACCAAGCAUUCAAAUGCUUUGCCGAAGAUAUGUUUCGAAUUCUAUAUACCACCUACGUAAGACGACACUUGAGUACUGUGUUCAAGUAGUUGGUUCAUGUCUUAUUAAGGAUAUUGGGCAUGUUCAGGGUGUGGGAAGUCAAUUAAUGAUUAUCUGUUAACCCCCUUACGAUGGGCACUUAAAAUGCCAAGCCUUUCCUUCUUAUCGUAUUGUAGGACGCGAGAUGACAUUAUUUUGCUAUUCCGUAACUUUGAUUACGAUCUGGGUGUUAAUAUCUCAUCUUUUUACUCCCUCCAGCACUAAUAAUCGAGACCAUAGUAAAAAAGUUCAAAAACCCCGAUCUAAUAAACUCAAAGUGGGGUUCAUUUUUUCCCAAAGAGUGGUCAAUGACCAGAAUGUUUUACCCAAACAACUAUCAGCCCUAUCUGUGAACAUUUUCAAGGAGGAACUGGGCCUUCACGAGAAAAUCUGUAUAGAUUAACACAGGUACACCGACCUACCAUUCUCAUUACUGAAGAAUGAAGAUAGAUGGACUCAGUUCAGUCCAAGCUGUCUGGCCUGAAAAAUCCUCAAUACAUCCCAGUACCAUUUGCCUCGUACUCAAAUAGAUUAACACAAUGCGUAAGAUCAGUCCACAAAGUUACUGACUGCAGAAUUCAGUUAGAUUUCGAACGAUAGUCGUAAACAAUGGUUAGAGUCUGUAGGUAGCAUUGUUCAGAAUCGAUCUCUGGCCCAGAUUCAUCUCCUUUGUAUUUUGAAAUAUUCCCAUACUUUUUAUUUCACGAGUUUAUUAUGUACUCAUUAUCUACACCCAGUAUUUUCUCCCAUCAAUACUGUUACUAUUACCACUACACUGGCUCUGUGUUGAUAAUUUCACCUCUGUGCUGAUAUAGUUUGGUAAGUUGAACCAGUACGCAUGUUCCGGUUUUUACGUUGCUUAUGUCUGACCGAGGUGAUCUAAAUAGUUUCUCCCCAUCAUCACGAUAUUAGAAUAUCGUGAUGCAAUACUGAAUAAAUACUAUAGAGUUUAGAAAGUGUCUGAAUAUAUAAACAGAGCACCAAGCGCGGAUUAAUGAUAUCAUGUGGUUUCGACAAUAAUAUUUCCCUAGGACAAACCCAUUUCCCCUCAAAAUAAACCGAAAUUCAACUACCUACUGAAACCACUACGGUUGCUACAGUUGGUUGGUUUAGCUAAAUACCUCCUUGUGAUAUGUCUUGAACCGUUUUCUAGAUUACUUCUUUAGCACAAAAUGACUGGUUCCUGCCAACUUGUAACAAAAAUAUCGGAUACCGAAUUAAAUAUUUUUAAGCAAAUUAAUCGUACCUAAUCCCUUUGUAGUAUUUUAUGUGGGUGGAUUUGUAAACUUCUUCACUAAACCUGUGGAUAAUUUGCUUCGAGGUUUCUAUGAUGCGUUUUUCCUAUGCAGACACCAACUAAUGAAAAACGACUACGAUAAUAAUCUGUCCUUAGCAACUGGAGGUUUCGAUCAUACUAUCCGAAUGUGGCAACCGAGCACUGGAAAAUAUAUCCAAGGUUUUCAGCACAAUGAAUCACAGGUAAACGCUCUCGAAUUUUCCCGCGACGGACAGUACCUAGCAGCUGGUGGUUAUGGUCGAGUUCGUAUCUAUGAUGUUCAGGGUCCCGCAACACCCUUCGUUAUGGUUUCAGAUUUCACGAAAAACGUAAACACAGUUGGCUUUAAUGAUACAGGGAACUGGAUGUUUGCAGGAGCUGAAGAUCGUGUAGCAAAGAUUAUAGAUUGGCGAGCCGGUGGAAAUCUGUGGAUAACACGUAUUUACCAGACGUCCUCGAGCAUUAAUACAAUGUUGCUUCAUCGCAAUCAACAUGAAAUUCUCAUCGGAACAAGUAAAGGAGAAGUUAUAGUUUGGGACCUUCGCAACAAUGCGGCUAAUUCCAUAUGCAUUGAUGGCCAAAUUGAACCCAUUCAUAGUUUAUCUAUUGACCAGGAAGUAACUUCAUUAGCUGCAGUUAACUCUGCUGGUCAACUUAUUGUUUGGUCUUUAACAGGUGAUUCUGCUUGGAAACCUAUCGAAAAACAUCGGCAGAAAGUACAUCCAACUUAUGUUCUGAAAGUGCAAUUUUCGCCGGACAGUACAUUGAUAGCUACUGGGGGAGGUGAUGGGAAAUUUAAUCUUUUAAAGACUGCUGAUUUCAGUUUAGUUACAACGCGACAGGGUAGUCCAUCUGGUCAUCACUGGGUUUGGGAUUGUGCAUUUUCGGCAGACUCUCGCUUUUUGCUCACUGCGACUUCCGAUGGAGUUGCUCGCUUAUGGAAUUUGGAGACAGGUGAAGUACCCGUUGAAUACAAAGGACAUCAGAGAGCAAUCACUUGUAUGGCCUUCCGUGAUCAUUCUUUGAAGUCUAUGUAG